AUGGAUAGUGACAAUGAGAAGGAUAUAGAUGUUGAUAGUGGCUCUGUGGCAGAUAGUGAUCAAAGUGACAUGUCCUUUUUUGAUUUUGAUGACAAUGAGGAGGGUAAUAUAGUUCCUGAUUCUGAAAAUGAACAAGAAACUGACCCUAUUCAAGAUAAUGGUCCUCUAACCUUCUUGAGUGACAAGCAAAAGGGCUUGAAUAUUGCUUAUGAAGACAUAGUGUCUGUUGCUAGUGGAAGGCAUUGCUAUAGGCAUAUCUGCAACAAUUUUAAAGCUCAGUUUCCUGGUAUUCUUCUUAGUAACCUGUUCUGGAGAGCAGCAAAAAGCUUUGAUGUUGCAGGACAUAAUGCAACCAUGACCAGCAUAAAGGACCUAAACAUAGAAGCUUGGAAGUAUUUGGACAAAAUUCCCAAACCAACUUGGCGUAGAUAUACCUUUAAUACUGGACUCAAAUGUGAUCAUGUCACAAACAACUGCACAGAGUCCUUUAAUGCAUGGAUAGGUGAGCUCAGAGGGGAACCAAUCUUGACACUAGUUGAUGGGCCGAGGAAGAAGUUCAUGAAAAAAAUGCAUAAGAGAUAUCAGAAAGGAUGCAUGCUCACCUCUGCUGUCACACCAAAGAUGGUUGGUAAACUACAAAGAAUUGGACAAGCAUCAAGACAAUGUGAACUGACUAUGGUUUCUGAUGACGUUUUUGAAGUGGGGGACAUGAACAGGUCUUACAUAGUCAAUUUAGCAGCUAAGAGUUGUGAUUGUGGAGCAUUACAAAUUUCGGGACUUCCUUGUAAACAUGCUGCAUUGGGGAUUAUCUCCAAGAGACAAAAGCUGGAAUCCUACUGUGAGCAUUGGUUCUCAAGAGAUAUGUACUUAAAGAUAUAUGCAAGUAUGAUUCAUCCAACUCCUGAUGAGAAAAUGUAG